AUGGAGGAGGCAAAAGCCGCGGCGUACUACGAGGAGUUGACUCGGCGCGGUGAAGGAGCCGCCAGAUUCAAGCAAGGCUUGGGCUUCUCUUCUGCAAGCACAGAUUCCGAAAAACCCCCUGCGCGCGGUUCUGCGCUGCCUUAUUCGUCGUCUUCCUUCCUCAGCAAGUUUGUCAAGGCCUCUAGCCCGAAAAAGGAGUCGGAGCUCCAAAAGCAAGCCCAAAUAGAGUCCAUACAGAACAAGCUCAAGAGGAAGAAGCCCGACCUGGCCGAAGAAGAAGAAGAGAAACAACCGCCUAGGGUUUCGCAUAGAGAAAGUAAGCAUUCGAGGAAGCGAAGCAGGAGCAGGAGCAGAGAAAGGCAUUCGAGGCGGCGAAGUAGGAGCAGAGAGAGACAUAGAGAUAGAGAUAGGGAUAGAGAUAGGGAAAGGGAUAGGGAUAAGGAUAGGGAUAGAGAUAGAGAUAGAGAUAGAGAGAGAAGGAGAAGGAGAAGUAGGUCUGGGAGCGGUUCGGAUGGAGGUAGAAGACGAAAAGGGAAGAGCCGGAGUCGAAGUCUGUCACCUCGGGAUCGGAGAAAGGAGCGAAGGAGUCGGAGCUCGUCGCCGAGAGAGAGGGGUUUGGAGAAGAGCAAGGGUAAAACGGGGAAGGAGAGAAAUGGUGCUGCUGAUUAUUCAAAGUUGAUUCAAGGCUAUGAUAAAAUGUCGGCAGCCGAGAGAGUCAAAGCGAAGAUGAAAUUUCAACUUGCUGAAACUGCUGAGAAGGAUACGACGAAGGGCAUGGGCUCUGGUUGGGAAAGAUUUGAAUUCAACAAAGAUGCACCACUUGAUGAUGAGGAAGUUGAAGUUGCUGAAGAUGAUGCAGCAUUAGUUAAGCACAUUGGGAGAAGCUUUCGGUUUUCUGCGAUUGAGAACAAAAGGGAGGAGAAGAUCAAAACUGCUCAUGAUGAGGCUAUGUUCGGUUCAUCAGAUAAUCCACCAUCCAUUAUGAUAGAUAGUGAGGUUGAGGCAGAGAACGAUAUAAGGGACAACAAAGAAAGUGAACCUACAAGCUUAUUGAGUGAUAAGAUAUAUGUGGCCUUGUAUUCUGGCCAAGGAAAACAGUGGCAUUCAAUUUGGCUUAGUUCCAAGCCCUCGCAACAUUUUUCUCGGAAAAUCCCGGUACCGUACGCGCAAUCAAUGGCUCCGAAUCGUUGGUUGAGGCCUGAGGUUUAUCCACUGUUCGCGGCCACAGGGGUUGCCGUAGCGAUUUGCGGGCUUAGCUUGUUCCGCCAUAUCACAAUCAACCCGGAAGUCAGAGUGAGCAAGGAGAACAGGGCUGCUGGAAUAUUGGAGAAUUUCGACGAGGGAGAAAAGUACAAGGAGCAUUUCCUGAGGAAAUUUGUCCGCAACAAGUCGCCAGAAAUUAUGCCGUCUGUCAAUGGUUUUUUCACAGAUCCAAGCCGGAAUUAA